AUGUCCCAACCGGGAAAAUGUUGGUCACCCAAAUGUUGGACGCAAAGAAACAUCUCAUUCUUGAAAGCUUCCAAGAAGAUAAAGUUUUCGAAACGCAUCUCUACGUGUUUUUAUUCAGAUUGGCGCUUUUUCAGCUCCUUUUGGAGCGUUACAAGUGAAAUCUUGCAAUUCCACCUUACGAAACGGGACAACUGGCGAGUUUCUCCUGAUAUUAGGGAGUUCAAGCUCACAGUUUCAGCCAAGAUGAAGGCUAUUAUUCUAUGUUUAUUUGCCGUGGCUAUCUGUUUAGCMGAUGAAACAAAGACAAAAAGAAAUGCCGCUUUUAAUCCAUAUUUGAAGCGUAUUUCUCCAUAUGCAGCMAGACGUCAGGCUUGGGAUUGUCAUCCAGGUUGUCGUAAAUUCUGUCUGCCAUCUUGCAAAAGAAGCUGCUGUUUUGGAGCACCAAACUAUAGACCRCAAAUGUUCCAACAGCUCAUCCAAUACCAGUCKAACAUCGAYAACCCACCACAACUACCACCAGCUUGUCCGGCAAAUUGCAAUCCAAGUUGCUAUCCCAGUUGCGAUGCAGGAUGCUGCGCAUUGCAGCCACAAGUUCAAGCUUCAGCAUAUGGAACAAGUGCUGGAUGUUCUCGAGCUUGCGCRCCCUCAUACUCUCCAGCAUGUUGCCACUCUCGUCCUAUUGGUUUAMACAGUCGUCCCAUGAWCCCUGGCGCUCCUAUGACAGCUGAAGAUAAACCRUCASCRCCAGGUCCAGCUMCAGCACCUGCUUCAGCUCCCAAACCAAAAUCAAUUCUUUUUGAGAAGAAACAAGAUGGAAAACUUUGCAUUAGGAAAUGCCUGAAUCUAUGCAAUCCAAAAUGCAGAUUUGAAUGCUGCUUACCCACACAUCUGCACUUUGAUGAUGAUCCUCCACUUCCACCRAAAGUCCAGCAUAAUGAUCCACCACCUAAAGUUGAGCAUCCAGCAAUACCACCAAAGAUUGUGGACAGAAAGACGGAGCAGCUGAAGACAAAAUUACGAGACCCACAAUAUAUACAUCCCAUUGCAAUACAUAAUAGACAUGUUAGUGGCCAGAGGUUCUCUAAAUGUCUGAACUCUAUAUACAUGCAUGUAAACAAAUAUGUGAAUGUAUAG